AUGGCUGCCGAGCAGCAACGGGAGCUGCUGCGAAGCGCGCUGCGCAGCCACCGGGAGACGUUGCUGCAACACCUCAGCGCCAUGGACAGGGACAGGGCUUCCAGGACUUUCUCGUCCCUCAGCGGUGAGAGCGCAGAGGAGCAGGUGAGCGUUGAGCUCCCAGCGUCUCCGCAGCACGACAGCCCGCAGCCCAUGCCAGUGAUUCUGGAGGAUUCUGUGGACAAGUCGGAGGAGGGCUUCCUGGACUCUCCGAUGGCGUGCAUGCCCUCGGCGAUGCAGCCCUACCUGCAUGAAGCCCUUGGUCACAGCUUGCCGCCUUCACCCGCGCCAGAGGAAAAGAAUGUGGAGGUUGAGGUGCAGGACGGUACGGCGCACGACGGUUCGGCGCCCGACGUGUCUCCCGCAAGGUCUAGAAAUUCGCAUCACUCGAAGAGGCAGGCGGGCAGUGACCUGGUGGACUCCUGGGCGGCCGCGGAGAUGUUACAGCUCAACGGGGAGGACCAAAUCAUGGGACGCUUUGACACCAUCAUCGGUGUGCUGGUUCUUCUGAAUGCCACCGCGAUGGCUGUGAACUUGGAGUGCUUGGGCGCGCAGUCUGCAGCCGGACUUGGCGUGAAGAUCGACUUUCCUUGGUGCGCUUCUCAACCAGUGAUGCAGGUACUGGAGCAUGUCUUUGUGGUAGCGUUUACGCUGGAGCUCAUAUAUCGCGUCUACUGUGUCCGCUGGCUGUACUUCAAGGACUAUUGGAACCUCAUGGACGCGAGCUUGGUGCUGCUGGCUGUCCUGGAUUUGUACAUCUUCACCCCACUCUUGGAGGACUCCGUCGCGAAAAACGCCGUGACCUUCAGAGUCUUCAGAGUGGUGAAGUUGGCGCGGGUCAUUCGCAUCGUCCGAGCUCUACGGCUUUUUCGAGGCUUGCGGGUGUUGGUCCACGCGUGCUCCUCAUUUCUUCCCUCAUUGAGCUGGUCGAUGGUUCUUCUUGGACUAUGUAUGCUGUCCAGCGGCCUGCUUAUGGGCAAUUUGUUGCAGGAUUUCAUCAACGAUGAGUCCAAAGACAUAGAUCAGCGGAUUUGGAUGUGGCAGCAUUAUGGUACAGCAUACAGAGCCAUAUACACCAUGUAUGAGAUGACCUUCGCAGGGAAUUGGCCCAACUAUGCGCGCCCCGUGCUGGAGAAUGUCAGUCAUGUGUUCUCGAUUUUCUAUAUUGUGUAUAUCACCUUCAUUGUGUUUGCCGUGAUCCGUGUGAUCACGGCCAUUUUCUUGCGCGAGACAUUGGAAGCGGCCAACAAUGACGCCGAGCUCAUGGUGCAAGAAGGACUCCGGCGCAAGGCCACGUACAUUCACAAGCUCGAAAGCAUUUUCAAUGCUGUGGAUGAGAGCCAGGAUGGCCUUCUCAGUGAGGAGGAGUUGAACGAAUUGUUCAGAGACUCCCGAGUGAUGACUUACCUGGAGACAUUGGAUAUUGACGUGAUGCAGUCUGAAGCUCUUUUCCACUUGCUGGCAAAUGGGGCCGGUCAGAUCACCUGCGCCGAUUUCAUCGAUGGCAUCUUGCGUUGCAAGGGCCCAGCGAGAGCGAUCGACCAGAUUUUGAUGCAGAAGGAUGUUCGACAUCUCUCCUCCACGGUGCAGUACCUCACCGACGCGCUGGAGAAAUCCAAGGUUAUCCCCAAAAGAGAUUCUCUCAAGCCGAAAAUCAAGAAGAGCAGACGCUCUCGGAUUGAUGAUGAGCUUGUGUUUCUUGGCCAGUCUGGUCGCACAGACUCGGCGCGGUAUCAACUAUAG